UCCCAAAAUCCUCAGCACGAUACGAUUCCACCGAAUUAAGUUUGUGCACGUAGUACGCACUGGGACACCAGUGAGCAACACAACAGCCAGUGCGCGCGCCAUGGCCUCCCUCGCCGCCGCCGUCUCCGUGCAGCCCGUGGCCGUGAAGGGCCUCUCCGGCAGCUCCAUCUCCGGCAGGAAGCUCGCCGUCGCCAGCAGGCCGUCGUCGUCGGCCCGCGCCGCCUGCCGCUCCACCCGCAGGGCCGCCGUCGUGGCCAAGUACGGCGACAAGAGCGUCUACUUCGACCUCGAGGACAUCGGCAACACCACCGGGCAGUGGGACCUCUACGGCUCCGACGCUCCCUCGCCCUACAACCCGCUCCAGAGCAAGUUCUUCGAGACGUUCGCGGCUCCGUUCACCAAGAGAGGCCUGCUGCUGAAGUUCCUGCUGCUGGGCGGGGGCUCCCUGCUGGCCUACGUCAGCGCGUCGGCGUCGCCGGACCUCCUGCCGAUCAAGAAGGGACCGCAGCAGCCGCCGCAGCCGGGCCCGCGCGGCAAGAUCUAAGCUCAUCGACCAGCUCCGGCCUCCAUUUGCGUUGCAUGGUCUAGUAGUAGCUUGCUUUGUACUGCUAGCUCCCGGUCGGUCGCACUCUCAACUCGCCAUGGAUCAUCAUCCCUGCCUGUUACGCUGUUCAUAACUUUGGUAUAUUUGUGAUGCUGAUAUUGUGUACUCUUUUGGCACACAAUUAAAAGAGCCUUUUAGCCGUGUGUCAUUAUAAAAGACCACACAAUUCCUUCUACUAUAUACUACUGAAAAAUAAAAAAAUGGUGUUGCAUGCCUUUGUAUA